AUGCUCAACCUCCAAGGAAAAGUCGCCCUUGUUAUCGGCCUCGGUCAAUCAGGCACAGACGGCUGGGGCAUCGGCGCCGCCUGCGCCGUGACCUUCGCCGCCCAGGGCGCCGCCGUCUUUGGCGGUAACCGCAGCGUUUCCCACGCCGCCAAGACCAGGACCACCAUCGAGGAGGCCGGCGGCGUGUGCGACGUCGUCGCGACCAACGCCACGUCGUCUGCGUCCGUGAAAGCGCUCGUAGACGCGUGCGUGGCGAAGCACGGCCGCAUCGAUAUCCUGCUGGCUAACGUCGGCGGGUCCCAACCGGGUUGUGCCGCGAGCAUGGACGAGGCGACGUGGGAUGCGCAGGUGGAUCUGAACCUGAAGAGCGUGUACCUCGCGUGCCAUUACGUUUUGCCCAUCAUGGAGAGGCAGGAGACGGGUGGGAGUAUCGUCUGCGUUUCGAGUAUCGCGGGGAUGCGGUACAUUGGCAAGCCGCAGGUUGCGUAUAACGCGACCAAGGCGGCCGUCAUGCAGUUUGUCAAGGCGACGGCCGUGGUGUAUGCGGGCAAGGGGGUGCGGUUGAACACGGUCGUGCCGGGGUUGAUGGAGACGCCGUAUACGAAGCAGUUGGCGGAGAGGUUCCCGCCGGCGGAGGAGGGCGGGUACGAGGCGUUUAGGAAGAUAAGGGAUGAUCAGGUGCCUCAGGGGCGGAUGGGGGAUGCGUGGGAUGUUGCGCAUGCGGCGUUGUUUUUGGCGUCGGAGGAGGCGAGGUAUAUCACUGGGCAGAAGAUUGUUGUUGAUGGGGGGAUUACUUCGUCUACGGGACGCACUUAG